CAGAAAAUCGUCACUGGUGUUGGUCGUGAGUGGGAAUCAAACUCGGGUCACUGGGUUCGCAGCACGCCGUGCUAACUGCUCCACUGCUCACCAUACACCACACUUAUCACUCACCACACACUUACCAUGCGCAACGCACCACAAUUACCAUACGAACCGCUCGCACCACACACACUGUCUCACUACUCGUAACCACACACGCACGUCACUACGCACCACUGUACCGUUUAAAUGCAUGUGCGAUGUGCUCCCUAUGCUCUCUGCGUGUAUCUCUUCACUUGUCUUCGUCACCGUGUGUCCCCGUGACCUCAGGUUGAGGGGGUCUGUGUGGCCCCCCGUUCCGGACCCGGGAGAGGUUGUCCGGAGGCUGUUGAAGGAGGUGGGGACGGUGAUCGACUCCCCCACACAGGGAACGACGCACGACAAGGGCGGGAGCAUGGGCACUGUGACGGGCAAGGCGGCCGUCCCGGAGGCCCAGCCGCUCGUGGUGGUGGUGACCAGCCCAGACCCGGAGCAGACCCAACUCGACCCGGACCCGGCCCAAUGCGACCCUGCUCCCAGGACCCCUGCCGAGGCGCCGCCGGAGCCACCGGGGCCCCAGUGCCUGCUCCCCUCAGCCCCCUCCUCCGCCCCGAGCACGUGGACCCCAGGGCCCCUGCUCACACCCGGGAUCGACUACAUCAGCCUGGAGUAACGACAGCCAGGCCCCUACCUGCACUGACACCACCUACUCUGACCCCACCUGCACUAACCCCACCUGCACUAACCCCACCGACUCUGACCCCAUCUGCACUGACUCCACCUACUCUGACUCCACCUAUUCUGACCCUACCAACUCUGACCCCACCUACUCUGACCCCACUAUCGGGACCCCACCCAUGUAUCCUAACCUUUCUUCCUGCCCCCCCCCCCCUUCCUUUUGCUUGGACCCCUUUUGGAUUGGACCGCUUUUUGGAUCGGACUUUAAGGCUACCCGCACAUCCUGGUUUGGCCUGGGCGGUUCCCCUGGGUGGCUUCAGAAAGCCCGUCCCAGUGUCUCCUCAUCCACUCACCCCCACCUCUUGAUCUAUUUAUUUAUCCCACUCCCCCCAAGUUUUACAUUUUCUGGCAUCCUACUUGACUCAUCAUGCAGCCAGAGUGUGGGUGAGCUGCUGGGGGCAGUGGGCGGGGCCCACCUGGGGCACACCUGGGGCCCACUCGUGGCCCACCCGUGGGCGGGGCUCACCCGAAUAGUCAAGGCGGAGCAACCCCACGUGGUGGGCGGGACUAUUAGAGAAGUAGGUGGGGGGUCCAGAGUCAGAGAGAGAGAGAGCCAAUCCCAAUCCACUUCACCGCCGUGUGGGCGGGGAUAGUGGCGGAUAGUGGGCGUGGUUAUGUUAAUUAGGGCGUGGAGGGGCUGUCACGGGUUUCCCCCUGGCGAACAUAGAGCGAUGCAUAGCAACAGGGUCGUAAGAAUAUAAAAGAUAAAAAUAAGUCUUCUGUCGCCUCCCUAUGUGUCACGGUUGAGCCUCCCAGAUAUUUUGAACGUUAUUAGAAUCUGCAGGAGAAAUCCGAUGAGCUAUAAAGCUCUUUUUUUCAGAUGUCCAGUCGGGACACUGGGUAAGAACGUUACAACAACAAACAGUACACAAAC